AUGGAAAUAUGUGUGUGUAAAUAUUUACUCGUAACAAUGAAACAAUACCCAAUAAAGAUUUAUCCAGAAAAUACAUUAACAAUAUUAUUAUUUAAAAAUGUAACAAAUACAAAUGAAAUUAAAGAUGGUUUACAAAAUGGGUUAUGGGAUUGGUCAGUUGCAAAUUGUAAACCAAUUUUUGAUGAUCAACAAAUUUUAAUUGCUGCAACUAAAUCAAUAUCUGCAUUUUCAGAAUCAAAAAAACCAGAAUCAUUUAAUGAAAUAAAGAUAUAA